AUGCUGGAGAGUGCCAAGUUCCAUUUGGAAGGCACCUUAGGUCGCCAUGAGACCUGGGUGACCAGCUUGGCCACGACGCCGGAUGCCCCGGACAUCAUGUUGUCCUCCUCCAGAGAUGGUACACUCAGGCAGUGGCACUUGCCUGACUUCCAUGGGCAAGAGAUCCAGCCGAAGGCGGUCCUGAAAGGUCACACGGACACCGUCUCGGAUUGCAAGCUCUCCAAGGAUGGCCAAUUCGCUGUCUCCUGUGGUUGGGAUCGUGCCAUGCGGGUCUGGUAUUUGGUUGAGGGUGAGGAGGUGCAUGAUGGCAAGACCAGGAAGCAGUGCAACAGUGUGGCGUUCAGCGCGGACAACCGGCAGAUUAUCACAGUGGGAGGCAAUCGAAUCGAUUUGUGGAACACUUUGGCUGAAAUCAAAUACUCACAUGAACAGCGCGGCUACACCUUUGAGAGUGAGCUUCAUACGGACUGGAUCUCUCAGACUGCUAUGGUGCCAGUUGCCAUCUCCACGUCGAAAGAUGAGUCCUCUGAUUCCAAAGAGUCGAAAGAAAGCCCGCUCCAAUUCGUGACGGUGUCCUGGGAUCACCAAGUGAAGCUUUGGGAUCUCAAGACCAUGAAGCUGGUCCGAGACUACCUGGGCCACGAGGGAGUGCUGCUGGCCGUCACUGUGUCGCCCGACGCGUCGCUCAUCGCCACCGGCGGGAAGGAGGCUCAAGUAAGGCUAUGGGACCGCUUGGAGGGCACAUGCCUGUACACCCUGGACGUCGAAGGCACGCCGUCUAAGACGCUGGAGCCCCGCGGCGAAGCCCACUGUUGGCAUUCCACCGGCCGGUGGCGGCUAAGUCUGUGGACAACUGGACAACCUGCAGGCACGGUGAAUGCGCUGGACUUCAGCCCCGCGCAUUAUCAUUUGGCUGUCGCGACGGACGUCUCCUUCGAGGUCUAUGAUCUCGAAUUGAAGAAGCAGAUCUUUGUGGACCGUCCCCACGAGCCCUUCCCCGAGGCAAUCCCUUGGGCGACCUGCUUGAAGUACCGCGAGGACGCCAACAGGAUCUUCGUGGGCCACGCAGAUGGGAUCAUCUCGACCCAACCACACGCCGACCGAACGCGGUGGAGCGAAAAGACGGGCUGCGUCCGGGACGGGGCGAUCACCAUCGGUGGAGACCGUCAGCUGGGCGUUGGUGACACCCCCCAACGAAGAAACGCAGGUAUGGCGGUGAAAGCUUUGAUCUUCCAGGGAAAUGCCUUGAAGCGAAUCCAACUGGAGACUGAACUGGAUCAAACUCGCAACAACCUGGCGAAAGCGCAUGCUGGGCUGGAGGUCUCCAGGCGGCAACUCAUGGAGACGGAGGUGAAGAGAAAGGAAACGACCAAGCGACUCGAGUCCUCGCUCUCGUCCGCGCGGUCGGAGCCCGGGACGCGCGGCCAACAGAGCCCGUCGGCCAAAGAUGCGCGGCUGAUGCAGCCGCCGGACGCCGACUUGUGGCCUCACGUGCCCGGCUACGAGUCGGACGAGAACGACCAUGAGGAUGCCGAGACCAAGGUGGCCUCACGCGCGAAGGAGAGCCUGAAAGAGGUGGUGAAGCGCCUGGGGGAUGACUGGGAGGAGCUGAGCGUGCUGCACUUCCGAGCGCCGGUGAGCAAGCCCAAGAGAGAGAAGGAGAAGGACAAGGAGCCCAACUAUGAUGCGGCCAUGGAACAGCAACUUGGCAGGAUGCUGGGCAUGGGCUUUCCAUUCGAAGAGGCCAAGGCAUCGCUGGAGGCGCAUGGCUGGGACGUGCAGCGGGCGUCGAUGGCGAUGAUCGAACGGCAGCAGAGCCAGCGGAGUUUGCGGAGUGUGAUGAUGGACAUCCAGGAGGGUGCAGAGGCCUUUCGAGCUUUCAUCCAGAACAUCAUGUCAGAGAAUGCCAGAUUGUGGACGGAGCGUGAGGCAUGGUCGCACGGGCAGUUUGGAAAUGGGUGGGGUGGUCCUCAUCAGCCGCCCAUGUAUGGUCAGCCACCUCCAUGGUGGUGGUCUGAGGCAAGUGGGUUGGCCUUGGUCAUCUCCACUGUCGCGGGCGAUCAGGAAAGCACUGGUCAGAUCAGCUUUCGCGACGCUGUCUACCCUGUCCGGCUACGCAAUGAGGACACCAUGCUGCAUAUGUGGCGUGAUGCAACUCAUGCUCGGCGCGCUCUUCAGGAGACGGUGUGGGUGGAGAGGCGUCAAGAACCUUGGCACGACAUGGCAUGGGCAGCUCAUGGUCAGAUCCUUGGCCGCCGGGUGGGAAAGGUGGUGGACAUCAUGGAGGUGCUCAUCAAGGAGGCGGUCAAAGUGGGGGUGGCCAACAACGAGAGGGUCGUCAGGGAGGUGGCUCGUCGGGUCAUAGUGGCAAUGGACAUGGAUUUGGGCCUUUGGGUGCUCCUGGAGGUGGACAGGGUGGUGGAUUCCCUGGAGGCUUUCCCGGCGGUGGCAGUGGACCUGGAGGUAGAGAGUGCCACCGAGACAGAGGCACCUGACAAGGACGCGGUGCUCUUCAGACCUCACAGCCCGGGGCGAUGGCAGCUCUUGGCUGCAGGGCUCGCACCCUGCCAAGCUGUCCCUGCUUUGAUGCCCAGUUGGAGUGCAGAGGCUUGGCGAUGUUUGCUCCUGGCCGGCUGGGAUGGAGAGAUGUUGCCGCUGGCGGCGCUGCCUGGCGAAUCCGAGUGCAGCGCUUCGCAGCUUCUGCGCGGUGCCCGCGAGGUGAAACCCAUGAUGGCGGCACCGUUGCCACUGGCCGAGUCACUUCAAGGCGUGGCGGCUCUCCACCUGAGUGGAACCCGCUUAUGGGCCUGGAUGAACAGCGGAACGCUGCAGGCUGGCGGGGUGGUUAUUGGCUCGCGAUCGCGAAAGCGAUCGAGGGAAGCCGCCAGUGUAUCUUAGGCCCCUUAGAUGUUGAUGUAGCAUUGCAGGAGAGUUUCGUGUGUCCAACGUUUGCCUGUGGCUGGUGGUUUGUUUGUUUUGUGUUGUUGUGUUGCGAUAUUGGUUUGCUUGUUUGUUUGUCUCUUUGUCUCACUGUCUGUCUGUCUGUCUGUCGGUCGGUCGGUCGGUUGGUGUGGUUGGUUUUGUUUUGAUUUGGUUCGUUCGUUUUUUUCAAUUGAGUGCUGCAUUUCAGAACACUCACCAGGGUCCUCGUAGUGAGAUCGAAACCAGCAGGCUAUACGGCUAUACCUACUUGAAAGGUAGGGAAAACAUGGGUGACCUGUAAGA